AUGAUUAAAAGUAGUAAUGGCAAAUAUUGUGUUAAUCUUAGUGGCCAAUGUCUUCAUAGAAUACCCAAACAAGUUUUCAACUUAGAACAGUUACAGUGUCUGUUUAUUAGCAAUAAUAAUAUCACUUAUAUCCCCCCUGAGAUCAGUAACUUAGUCAACUUAGAAGUUCUUAUGAUUCAAAAUAAUAAUAUUGAGAGCUUACCCAAAGAUAUUGGUAGUUUAACCAAGUUAGAGGUGUUAGAGUUAAGUUAUAAUGAAUUAACAUCAAUUCCAAAGGAGAUAGGGCAAUUAGAAAAAUUAAAACAACUUUAUCUAAAUCAUAAUAAGCUUGAAUCUAUACCUAAGGAAAUGGGAAAGUUGAGUGAACUAACAGUGCUAGGACUAAGUAGUAAUCAGUUAACUAGCUUGCCAAGUGAAAUAAGUCUAAUGAAACAGUUAACCAAUCUAGGGUUGAAUAACAAUAGUCUUGGUUGUAUUCCAAAGUCAAUCUGUUAUUUAGAACAGUUGAUUAAAUUAGGGUUAUCGGGAAAUAAUCUUCAGACAUUGCCAUCAGUGAUUGAAAAUUGGAUUGAACUGUGUGAUUUGCAGUUAAGUGAUAACCAGAUACAAUACCUGCCUAUACAGAUCUAUUGGAUACCAAACUUAGAGGAACUCAACUUGUCUAAUAACAAGAUACAGGAUAUAUCUUGUGAGAUAAUUAAGCUUACUAAACUGCGUAUACUAGGAUUAAACAAUAAUGCCUUAGAGAGAUUACCAGACGAGAUCUGUCAAUUACCUAAUUUAGAAUUGUUAGGUGUAGAUGGGAAUAAAUUAAAAGAGAUACCUGAUUUGGUAUGUAAUUUAUUAGCACUAAAAGAGAUCUAUUUCAGUAAUAACUGUCUAGAGAGUGUGCCGGAUGAUGUAUGUUUGCUUUCUGAUGUGGAAAUAUUGUUUUUGGGUGGAAAUGCUAUGAAGACAUUACCCAUUGAGAUUACCAAUAUGAAACGCCUUAGUCACUUGACCCUGGACAACAACCAAUUAGAUCACUUCCCUUUAGGUCUAUGCUCAUUGGCUGAGGUACAGGUUCUAAAUAUUGACGAUAAUGACAUCACACAUAUUCCUGCAGAAAUAGAGAAUAUGUCUCACUUGCAGCACCUUACUCUUAGUAAUAAUAAAAUCCAGACAUUCCCGCUUGGAAUUUGUCGUUUAGAAUCGCUAAAAACUCUAGAUGUUAGUGGAAAUGACUUGCGAGAAUUACCAACUGAAAUUAAAAAGUUGAUAAACUUGAAAGAAUUAUUUCUUAAUCAGAAUAAGUUUGAAGUAUUUCCAGCUGUGGUAUGUAGAUUGCAUAGUCUAGAGAAACUUCAUCUAUGUGGCAAUGGGAUGGUAUCUGUGGAGGAAUCAACGGAGCUACAUCACUUGAAAUCCUUACAAGAGAUGCAUUUAUCUGAUAACAAGUUCCCACAUUUUCCAAAUGAACUAUGUGUCAUUUCAAAUCUGAAGACUCUGCAUUUUGAUCAGAAAUUUGGAUGUAAAGUACGACUUCUCCCAGAAUGCAUUGCAGAGUUGGUGAAUUUGGAAGAAUUAUAUGUGGACAAUAAUGCAUUGGAAACUUUACCAGUGAUGAUUGGUGCUUUGGCUAAGCUACAGAAGUUAUCAGUAUGCUGUAACAACAUCACUCACCUGCCAGAGAGCUUAUGUAUGCUACAGAAUCUAACAUCAUUGCAUCUGGAGUCCAAUCAGCUGAUGAAGUUACCAGUGCGAUUUGAUAAUCUCAUCAAUAUUGCUGAUUUAAGAUUAGAGUUUAAUCCUUUGAUGCACCCUCCAAAGGAUGUAUGUGAUGGUGGAAUAUUACAACCUAUUGCAUAUUUCAUGCAGAGAGCAGAAGAACGUGAAGAGGCCUUACUAAUGAAGAUGUUUGGCUGCGUUGCUAUCAACAUGAUGGAGCGUGAACUUCCUCAUCUGAUGCGUGCGAUGCAUUUCACUUAUGAUCACAUCAGGAUUAUCCAGCGUCAAUACAGAGACAACCGCAAAGAGAUGAUAUUCAAUGCAUUAUUGAUGUGGCGUUCUGUAAAAGGCAAGGCAGCCAAUGGUGAUGAGUUGAUAAGAUAUUUGCAUUUAAUUGGUAUGCCUGCUUUGUCGAGAAAGCUACAUGCUAUGAAAGUAUAUGCACUAGCCCAUAGAAUCUAAACAAUAUAUUUUUAUUUUGCAAAUUUUGAGAAACUAGUGAGAAAUAAGCUGCAGAUUGUUUUUAUUACAGAAUGUUUUUAUAUUGAUAUAAUCUUCCAUUUUAUAAUAUAUGAAUAAUUAUUCGUGAAAGUGCCAAAUUGUAAUGUAUAUUGGUAAAUGUAACACUUUAUAAACCAUAAAUGCUACAUUGUAUUGUGUUUAUCGUGUAAUGAUGAUUUCAUUCAGUAGAGACUUGUAUAAUGUACAGCUGCUUUUUUUGAUUAGUGAAAGGAAAGAAGCCUGUUUCAUCUGUACAGUAAUUUUUAGUUUAGUGAUUACUAUUAUAUUUAUAAUUAAUAUAAUUCUAAAUACAGUAGUAA